UGAACGAUCGCGCGAUUUGGAUUGUGAGCGACAGACCAUGAGGCCACGACAGAAGGGAGCAGUUGACCUUGGUUUUCUAUAGGUGCUAUACCAAUCAAAGGUUGAACAGUACCUCAUUCGACAUUUCCCCGUCCACCUGACAAUGAGCUCGAGAACAUCCGGCAGAUGUGGAGCAAACGAAGAAGCCGUCAUAGUGGCAGUGCCAACUCCAUGCUCUUGGUGAUACAGUACCAUUGGCGAAUUCUGCUCUUCGCGAGACUGAGACAUUACGUCGAUAUGCCGACGCCUCGACAUCUCGCAGUGGACAUGACUCGGAGUGGACAGCCCACAGACAGCCUACAGAGUUCGACACACGGACAGCCAACCUCCAGCGGACGGGUGGUACAUAGAGUCUUCACGCAUCACUUUGAAACUGAGACUGACACGCUGACCACCAUUUUGGGCUCAAAGCAAAUGCCUCUGCUUGGGCACAGGAGAUCAGGUCUGACCUGGUCUAGUUUAUGUCAAACAGGAUAUCUUCGCAGGCUUAGCACGGCUUCUGCUCCAUACCGCAUUCCAAUUUUGUGGGGUACCGGACAUCAAACACCAGAGAUAACAUCCUGAAGGUUUGGGCAGGGGCCGGUCUAGCUUUUCAGAGUGACAAG